GUGUCCUUCUGAGCUGUGUAUAAGAGUUUCUAUAUUUUUGUUCUUUUUUCACAGGGGAACCAAACAGCGACAUCCUGCCUUUCUUCAGAUAAUCACAGUACUUGGGCAAGGCAGGUGGUCAUAAUGUCAGCAAGUAGCACGGUCGCAAAAAAUGCAGCGUGGAAGCAGGAACCCUCUUCUUGCUACAUCGACCCUUCCUCCUUGAAGCAUGCCAAGAAACCUGGCUACUUUCACAAACUUGACGCUCUGAAACGCGUGCACUUCAAACGACGCGCUAGCGAUGGACACCAGUACCUGGACGUCGGCUGCGGAUCUGGAGGUUUCACCAGAGAUGCUUUACUGGAAGAAGUCCGUCCCUGCCGGAAAAUCGUUGCCGUGGACAGGGAGGAUAUACUGUUGGAGUACGCGCGUCAGUACGCUAGUCACCCCAGCAUCAGCUAUGAGCUGCUUGACAUUGAGAAGGACGAUCCUCAGAAGCUAAUUGACAAGUACGGUCAAUUCGAGCGCGUCUACUCGUUUCUAGCGCUUCAAUGCAUCCGUGACUUGGAAAGCGCGUACAGAAAGAUGUUCCGGCUGCUGAAGGAUGGUGGGGAAUGCGCCCUCGUUACGCUGACGGGGUCUGUGAUCACGGAUGUCAUGCACCGGCUCAGCUGCAUGGAGCAGUGGAAGAACUACGUUCCGGAUCCUAAGAAAUUGUACUCCGAGCGCUUCUCCUUCAAGCCUCCUAUUGUGGCAGAGGCAGUUGUGGAGGCAGAACGAAAGGCUGCGGCCAGAGCGGGGCUCAACCUCGUGUCGUGCUCCGUGUACGACAGUCAGUGGAUCAUGCCCGAUGUAGAGGCGUGGAUGGAUCUCUACGUGCCUGUUUUCAAGUUGGAAGUAAAAAUUCCCGAGGAGAAGCGUGGCGCCUUCCGGGAUGACUGCAGAACUCUGCUGGAACAGAACACGACUUCAACGGCCGAAGGGUGCUACAUGAGACACAGCUUUGUUGUUGUGCACUUGGAGAAAGCCUAUGAAGAAUAGCGUUAACGCUGGGUUUAUUUCAAUUCCGGAGGGUCAGCCUAUCUAAUUUCUCUAGAAUAUGAUGCAUAACCUGGCAAAGAACAGAUGU